AUGGGUUCAAGUGCGAGAAAAAAGAGGGAAAAGAAGAAGGACUUUCAAAAAGUAAAACUUCGAGUUGGCAAGACUAAAGCAAAAGCCGACAACUUUACAGACACCAGUUUCAAGUCCAAAUCAAUUGUUGUAAAUCAACAAUCUCUUACAACUGCUGCACCUUCGAAUGUUGUACAGUUCACCCAUUAUCUUUCAUUGGCAUCGACCUCAAAAUCAGACACUCAACGAAAAGAUGCGCUCUCAUAUCUUACGACUCAACUCUCUUCUCAACCCGUAAACGAAUCAAUACCCAUCCCAACUGCUGUUAUUCUCCCAAAACUCCUACCUUUAAUCCUUGAUGGAAAUGCCUCUGUGCGAGCACAGCUUCUCAAAUUCCUUCGACUUUUACCACCUGCAGAUAUCGGUGAUCGAGCAGAAUCCGCCUUACUAUACACAAGAGCUGGUAUGACACAUUUGGCCACCGAAAUUCGAGUAGAUGCUUUAGCCGUAUUAGAAUGGCUUCUUCAAGUUGCAGGAGAAGAUGUAGUUUCAUGUCCGGGUGGGUGGGUGAAAACAUUGAAAAGUUUCAUGUCAAUGAUAGGCUGGACUACAAGUAGCGCGACGUCAAAAUGGUCAUCUGCAAGUAGAGUUAGUUUUGGAAUAAGUAGGGCUAGUUUUGAGAAGUCAGGGAAAACUCUUCCAAGACAAUUGAUGGUGCUUUCCCAAUUUCUCAAGGCUGGCCUUGUGGAACCGGAAAUGGUUGCGCAGCCUACUACGAAGGGAGAUAAUUUCCCGCUUUUCGAUGUCGAGCGACAUAUGAUACCUUCUAGAGCGAACGCAUAUGCGCAUCUCAAUCUAUUUGGGUCAUCGAGAGAUGAAGAAGGAGAAAUGUAUAUUGACAGAGAAGAUCGGCAAAGAGUUUUCCACAAAAGAUUCGAGGCAGAUUUACUCAUAGGAGUAGAGCAUGCUAAGAGGGAAGCAGGUGAAGCUGGCAGAGCUGCAGCAGUUCUCACCAAAGUUCUACGGGAUGGUAUGAAUGAUUAUAGUGGCGUUGAUGAUACCCAAUAA